UGACGUCACACGUAUAUAACGUUCUGAACGUUAACGUAACAUGACAGGCUAGUUGGAUUACUCGGUGACUGAACGUGUAGUUGUAUUUAUCCGCAGGGAAAAUGAAAUACAUUUGCACGGUGUUGGCAGUACUGGCUGUGACGGUGAACGGCGUAAGUCGGCCACCCCGACCUCCUCAAAAUCUCGGAGCGAGCCCACUGGAAGGUCCAAUAGUUCCCCCGUCAAGUGCACCAGGCGGCUCUCCCAUCCCUUUCACCGUCGAGGCUAAUAUACAGGAUGUAGGGGAAACACCGACUGAAGCCUUGUCCGAGACGCCGGCCCAGCCGGAACAGACUUAUCCCCCAACCCAGCCGGAACAGACUUAUCCCCCAACCCAGCAGGGACAGACUUACCCUCCAUCCCUACCGGAACAGACUUACCCUCCAUCCCAGCCGGAUCUGACUUACCCUCCAUCCCAGCCGGAACUGACUUACCCACCCUCUUUGCCGGAACUGACUUUCCCACCCUCUUUGCCGGAGCAGACUUACCCUCCAUCCCAACCGGAACAGACAUACCCUCCAACUCUACCGGAACAGACGUACCCUCCAUCUCAACCGGAACAGACGUAUCCUACACUAAAGCCUGAGCAGUCAAACCCCACAUCCAAGCCAGACCGGCCUUCAUUUCAGCCCGAGACACAGCCUGGCCCGAGUCAAUUACCUUCCAAGAAAAGGAAAAUCGGAUGUGUCCCCGGAUGUGGUCAAACUGAGAUUUGUGCCCGGCUUGGGGACAGCUAUUGUCAGCGCGGACACAUCUGCUCUGUCUGCAUCAGAAUGGACUCUAUCCGGUUCCCGGCCUCGGCUCUCCAGGGUAUGUUCGCCUCACAAAGGACACAGACGCCUCCGCCAGCUUCGACGCCUGCCCCAGCAACAACCAAACCAUCAGAGCCGAAUAUUCCGAUUAUAGAGUAUGCUGCAAGACAUCGAGGGAUCGUUAAACCUGAGGCGAAAAGUCCUUCUGCACGUCCGAAAAUGCCAUUCGUUACGCUCUAUAAAACUGGACAAGACCCCAGCGCAAUGAUGACAGGCAGACUGUUUCAAAUGCUUGGCAAUGAAAACGCGAAGAAUAAGAUGAAACCUGAUACACCAGUCAGCAACGAAGUAGGUUACAGUACACUAGAAAUGCAACAACAGGGCCAAUUGACAGAGGGACAAAAGGUCCAACAUCAGAAUGAAUAUAUGCAACAAUGGGAGAAAUUCCAGCAAUGGUUGAAAAUGCAAAAGCAGACGAAGGUGCAAUACCAGACGACAACCGUGAAACCGACCAUAAACGAGAUUCCAGCCAAUCCCGAGACGAAUUAUAUUAAUCCUACGGCUGAAAUGGUCGGUAUUCAGCUCGGACCGAAUGAACAACAAGACCUGCUGCUAAAGAUGCAGCAAAUGCCUUCUAAGAACCCGAACGACAUGUCAGCGACCCAAGCGAACAACGACCAUGAAGCCACGUUACAGUUACUGCAGAACAUCGCCUUGGAACAGAAUUACCCUCUGCCAACAGAAGCAACAGAACCGCAGCCGUCGACAAGAUAUGCUUUAAAUGAACAACAUCUUCAAGAGUUUAAUGCUAUGAUUGCCCAGCAGCAACAGGACAAGACUACCGGAAAUGCAACUGGCCAGACAGAGCCCGCUGUGGAUAACCUAAAUAUGGAGCAGCUAUGGUCGCAGUUUAACGCUUUUAUGAAGCAGAAAAAGCAGACAGCACCAGCAGCGCCAGUAGCACCAGUCUCCCAACCACCCCCAGAUAUGAUAAUGCCAACAAACACAUAUAUACCGCAACCACAGCCACCUAGUGACCCAUUUUUUGGCGAUUUAUUUGGUUACAACUCGGCACCCCAGGAGAAUUCCCUAUUUGGCCGUUCAAUCGCCAAUGACCCCUUCUAUUUUUCCCCUUUCUCGAUGUUUGACGGGGUAGGAAUGUGGGGAUUUGGCCUCUGGUAGGACGGAGUCACGUGGACAGUCAUUUUGACAUCACGUGGUCUACACGUAACGCGCAUGCGCAGUGUUUCGCAUGUGGAACGCUUGGUUAGGGUUAGGCUCAGAACAACUGUAUAUGAACAUAAGGGAAAACGAUGAAACGAUCCGAUUGUUUUUAUUAUUUAAAAUUAUAUUUUUAAUUCUUAACUCGAAACAGUGAUAUAAGCUAAAACCCAUAGAAAUAUUAUUUUAAUUGCUGAACCAGAGCGUUUUUAGUUUCCUUUUCUGUAUUUUUAUACUUGACGUCAUUGAUAUGACUGAAAGGUAAAACCUAUUUUUUGUCAUUAUAUUGAAGUAAGAAAACCAUUAUUACCCAUUUCAUGUAGUUGAAAAAUGGCUGUAAGAAGUCUGGCACUUCGUUUUACCAUUUUCCGCCUUUUGAAAUGUGUGUUUUCACGUUUAACAGAUGUCAUACCAUUUAACUUUUCUCCACAUAAUGCCCGUUGGAAAUAUGAACGUUCAACGCAAGAAUGUAUAAUUCAUUACAAAAUAUUUUAUAUUAAUAAACAUCUUGACCGACAAAAUCAUGAAUGUCGGUGCUUCUUAAUGGUGUUUUAAGGUUGCGAUGCGUGACAUCAUAAUAACCGAUGAUUAAUGUACCAGGUCUGAAUUCGUUUAACGUCUUAUAUAAAGUAGUUCUGUAAGAUAUAUAAAAUAUGUAUUCAUCAUGUUGGUUGUAAGAUGACGAUUCAGAGAACGUCGACUUUGAUGUUCCAUUCGAUUUUGUAUUUGAACGAAUAAAUUAAAAAAUGUA